AUGGCGAAGCGACCAACCCAUACAACGUCCUGUCGAUCUUCCAGCUGCACCAGGACACCAUCACCCUCGUCAGUGCGUGGCGCCAUCCAAGGAGUGUUUCAUGCGAUGUACAAUGCCACGAGUUAUGCGAAGCAACCCAAAACCCAGCACUCUUGCAUAUGCGAAAAGCUGGUUUGGUUGCUUCAAAACAGACCAGACCCUUCACGCCCAUGCGCCAUCACGCCGGAACCUCUCGCUUGA